UUGUCUUGGUGACAGUUUCAGUUUGUCACUUUUGGCAGUGCUUUUUCCCAAAAUUUUCCGAAUAAAUUAUCGUAAAAAUGGAUCAGUUUAACGUGUUGGAAACGCGAUGGAGCCUCGAGUUCCAACGCCGGCGCGAACUCAUGAAAACCAUGCAAGCCCCCACAAUGUCCGAAGUCAAAGUGGUGGCGGGCUUGCCUCUGGCUUUAGUCAUUUUCGAACAGAGUCUCGAAGACAUACAAAAAGACCUCGGGGUGGUCCCGCCCCUGGAAGGCGCCAAAGGCGAGCUGUGGGUGUCCCCGAGCGACCUACUUAUCGGAAAAGUGGCUCUGACCCCUCCUCUGACCCAAAAACACAUCCAAGCCUUGACGCACCAGGGAAUUAUCGAGUUGGGUAGCGAGAUUGAGCAAAAGUUCGUGAACGAAUUCAAAAUGGAAAAGGAGAAUGCGAUCAGAGAACGCGAAAUUUGCCUCGGGAAGAUCUUCGAGGUGGAAAAGGCGCGGGCUAUUGAAGAGGCCCUCCAAGGGGAGGGGCGCAAGUACGCCAAAGAGAUGGACGCAAUGCGGAAUGUUUUUGAAAAUAAAAUCAGUCAGCUCUUGUGGGAAUGUUUCGAUCAAAUCAAAACGCUAGAGGAACAACUCCAGGUUGAGAUUGACUCGCUUAACGUUAUCUGGCAAUCGCACCUGGACGCCCAAAUCCAGGAGACAAUUGACCGGAUCACCGAAGAGUUUUUGGAGAAAAUGAGGCAACAAGAGAUGAUUCUAGUCGGCAUUUAUACGAAAAAAAUCAGGCAAUUGAAAGCGAAGAAAAAAUGCGCGAUUGAAUUCGAGCGGCGCAAAUGCAAGGAAACCCUGAUUCAGAUGAAGCAUAAACUUCACUGCGAGAAUGUGGCAAAUCUGAUGUAUCUCUUGUGUAAAGAACGCAGAAAGUGCAAAAAUGAGAAAGACUCAAUACAUGACGAUUAUUUGGCUCAAAUAAAACGGCACAAAACGACCAUACGAACCAGAAACAAUACUAUUAAAAAAUUAAAAACGAUUCGGGACAAGAAGACCAAACAAGUCAGCGUGAGGGAGAAAUGUUUGAUUGAGAUUCUGCGCCAGUUCCAGAAAUUCAUUUAUUACGCGCUGAAAGCAAGCCCGACCCAAGGCGAAUUUCUCCUAAACAUAAACAAGUUAAUUAGGUACGAACUGGACGAUUAUUGCCUCCCUCUGGAAUUAAAAGACGACCAAACGCCCGAAAAGCCCCGGGUUUUGGAAGUCGGAGACGUUGUCUCUUCAUCACUGGGUGAGGAAACCGAUGAUUACACCAAACAAAUUGAACAGUUUAUGAAAGAGGAGAGGACUGACGACAAUUUCGGCGAAAGCGACGUUUUGCCCGCCUUCUACUUCAACAAUAAAGUUUAUGUGAGAGAGGACUUCCGAGACAUGCUCGAGGCCGGAAUUGAAGUCGACCGUGAAAAUUCCCUGUGGAACCCCGACGUCGAGGAAUUGAUUCAAGUGUUCAAACGCCAGAUCAGCGCAAAACUGAAUGACAAAUCCGACAGGAGAUCCAUCAGUAAAUUGUCACGUCAUUCGAGCGUUCAUUUCAAUUACGAAAAAUCACCCAGUGGUAGUUUGUCGGAUCAAAUCCUGGCAAUAUCCCCCCUUCCAUCCAACCACGAACCGACCCACGUCUGUGACCACAAACCUUCAGCAAUACCAACCCCAUCAAUGGACGAUGAGGAGAAAGAACUCCGGAAAGUGUCGCUGGAAGCGGAGAAGGACAAGAAAAAGCCAAAGCGACCGUCGAUUAUUAUUAAAGAGUCGGAAGGGUCUUCGAAAAAACGGGACUCUACAACGUCUGACUUGAUAACACCGGAACUGCGGUCGCACCUCACAACCCAAUCGAAGCUGACUUUGGCCCGCGAUUCGCUCAUUUUGCACCUAACUACCAUGGAACGCAAAUCCAUUCAGUACAUGGCCAAAAUGGCAGAUGCCGGCUCUGUCGGAAAGACCAGCAAUUUGGAGGACAAACUAAUCGAACUGAAAGCGUCGUCCGUGGAAGACGAGCAAGCGUCCAGCUUCCAGGAACAGGAAAUGAAGCCACUCGAGGCGAAACAGUCACAUUCAACGCUAAGUCACGAGAGCCUCAACAAGCCCCCCAGCAAGCCAACAUCCAAGCUUUUGCUCGCCAACGACUCUUACGAGUUGAUCAAAUCGACAAUCGCCCUAGUUGGGGAAAAGGAAAAGGACAAAGAAGAUCUAGAGCACGAGAUAGGGACGAGGAAAUCUCAGCUGACUUUCAACUCGAAGAUCUCAGUUGAGGGCCGCACUUUUGAGGCUAGCGCCGUGGACAAGGUCCUUAAGGGAAAGCAGGGAAAAACGACGCCGAGGAAAGCAACAGCGAAGAAAACGCCCCGAUCGGUUGUCAAAGUCGCCGGUUCGCGCAAAACGAAAGAGCACGCGCAAACCGUGGACGAGUUCACGGAUGAAAGAAUCAAGGAUUUGGUCAAUUUAAUGAAAGAUAAUCCGAGUUUAAUUCACCUAUUUACUCCCUGCUCCAAAUAGUUAUUUCAUUUUUUGCUUCAUCAGUUGCACCCAUACAUUCGUUUUUAUAAAAACUUUGUUUUUCAAUGCUGUGACUUCCCUCAAUUUGGCUAAACGCUCCUCGACGUAUUUUUCAGCUGAAAAGGCCUCGCCCUCUUUGCACUGCUUGAUGAGUUCGGCUUGGAAUAGUUUUUCCUUGUUCCAUUCGCGCCUUUGGCGUUUCUACAGGCAAUUACAUGUAACAUACUCUACUCGAAAUGUUAUUAAAAAUACCUUUGCCCACUCAAA